AACGAAUAAGACAUGGAGUCGCAGUAUUUGUUCUGUGUUUUUCUCUGUCUAUUCAUUCGAUUCUCCUCUGUAUUUUGCGUUGAUGACCGAGACACGGACACUACCGUCCAAAUUCUCCUCAAAGAGUUUCAGUCUCUGCGUAACCGAGUAUCUGUAUUAGAAAGUUUCGUUGAAAAACAAACAGAAAUAAUUCAGGUUCAGAAUGACAGAAUUGUUAAACUUGAAGCUAUAGUCACACGGGGGAGCUUUAAUGAGGACGAUUUAGAGAAGUCGACCUAUUCACUUCGUGGUAUCGAGGAUGGAGCUUACCAGUCACGUGAUAAAAACACUAAAACAAAACACUUAGCAUUAGAUAGACAAGAUUAUCCUACGUCGUUUAUCCCACGUAGGACUCCACAUCAACAAAAGCCAAGAAGAGGAGUAAGACUUGCUACAGUACAGCCAGUAGCUUUUUAUGCCUACAUGAGUAGUGAUUUACAUAACCCUGGAGGACAUCACACGCUGAUCUUUGACGUCACUAAGACAAACGAAGGCAAUGGAUAUCACGCACAUCUUGGUGUCUUUAUGGUCCCUAAAUCUGGAACCUAUUUCUUGUCGUGGACCAUGGGUCUCUGGAUCUCAUCCUAUCAUUCUACAGAACUAUUGGUAAACAAUCAGGCACACGGUGCGAUAUACCUUGCUACAAGUGGUGAUGAACGUGCCUGUGUUACAGGGAACCUCGUCUUAAAUCUGAACGAACGAGAUGAAGUAUUCAUUCGAACAAGAGACAACUACAACGUUGGAAAGAUUGCUAGUGAUGCAUACAGUAGAACAAGUUUCUCUGGAUUUCUUAUUGAAUAGCAAGGUUCAGUAGAUUCGGUAGAAUGACAGAGCCGUUGCACUUUCCUGAAUAAAUAUAUGCCUCAGUCAUUGGCGCCAACAUAU